UUGAAUCGGCGAGACUCCCUGGCCAAUCAGACCGGUCUCGUGUUGAGCUAGCGCGAGGCUGAGCGCAUGGGCUUUAAAGCGGAGAGAGAAGGGAAGACACUGGCGAGCUUUCAGUCAACUCAACAACACAGAUAAAAAUACAGCACACAAGAAGACUUUAUUUGAUAUAGGCCCCUCUCAUCUCACAAAAAAAUGGCAAAAGGAGACCCCAGGAAGCCCAAGGGCAAGAUGUCUUCUUAUGCCUACUUCGUUCAGACAUGCAGAGAGGAGCACAAGAAGAAAAGCCCAGAGAUUCCAGUCAGCUUUUCAGAAUUCUCCAAAAGAUGCUCUGCGAGAUGGAAGGCGAUGUCCGAUAAAGAGAAAUCCAGGUUUGAUGACAUGGCCAAACAGGAUAAGGUGCGUUAUGAUCAAGAGAUGAUGCACUACAUGCCUGGUGGUAAGAGAGGCAAAAAGAAGGAUCCCAAUGCACCCAAGAGACCAGCCUCUGGAUUUUUCCUGUUCUGCUCGGAACAUCGUCCACAAAUCAAGGCUCAGUAUCCCAGCUUGGGCAUCGGAGAUGUGGCCAAAAAACUUGGUGAGAUGUGGAACCACCUCACAGAUGCCACCAAACAGCCCUAUCUGAUAAAGGCCAACAAGCUGAAGGACAAGUACCAAAAGGCAUGUCUCAGUCUAGAUGCUCCAAUAGUCCACAUAUCACAGUUCUAGUAUUUUACAAUACAACAAUAUUUCCUUUUUGUGCAGGAUGUUGCCGACUACAAGACGAAAGGCAAGGUUGGGGGGGUGUCCAUGGACAUGGGAAUGAUGGGGAAUGGUAUGGCUCCAAAACCCAUGAUGAAGAGCAAUAUGGAUGAUGAAGAGGAUGAGGAGGAGGAAGAUGAAGAAGAGGAUGAUGAUGAAUAUGAUGACGAUGAAUAGACUGUCAUUUUUCUGUGUUUGAUCAGUUAUGAUUAUAAUAACUUUUUCUCCCCAUUGAAGUCCAGUAGAUACGGAAUACACAGGUGGUCUUUCAAAGCCCCUUUGUUGUUUUAAUAGAGGUGGAAUGUGUAGUGUGCUGUUGGUGAGAGACUUACCAACACAGUUUCUUACUUCCAGCUUUGUGUGCGUGCGAGUGCAUGUGCACAUGUGAAGAACUCACUUCAUCAUGGUAGCCCAGUGUCUUCCUAGCCCAUCUUUGUAACCUUUUACCAAUUGUAUAACAGACAGCCUUUAAACAAUUAAUACCCUUCCUGUAUAUGUAAAUCCCUGACCUAUGUAUACUUUUGUUUGUUUGUUUAAAAGGUUCCUGAGUGUGUGUAGCUCUGUAUAUGGUUGACACUGAGUAGAUAUUGUUUAUGAUUGUAGUAUGUUGCAUGUGGAAAGGUGUCAUAGUUUGGAACUGUGCACCGAUAUCAGACAUUUCAUGCUGAAACCAUCAGUAGCUUCCUUUUCCUUGUCCAGUUUAGGGGGGAAAAUCAGUGCAAAAGAGCAGUUGCCACCAGCACGUUAGUCCUGUUGCAGGGGUGUGUGCUAUAUGUUGUUUACUAUACUACAUGAUAUAUUAGCACAUCCACGAUCAAUGUAGGAAAGAUAUUUGUAUUAGCUUUCCUAUAUAUUAACUGUUGUGUGAUCUAGGAAUGCACUAUAGAAAUACUGAUUUGAGUAAAAUGCUAAUGUCAGGUCAAAAUGUUACAGUAUGGAGCAGAAAAGAACUAUUAGAACUUGAAAUUUGGCAUAAAAAUACAAAGUUACCAUUGCGGAAAAAAAUAAGCCCUGAUAAUACCUAAACAAUGUAAUAUGUCAGUACUGGCCAGUAUUGAUAUGGUCACUGAUAUAUUGUGCAUCCCUAGUUAUUUUUUUGUUGAAAAUAAAGUAAGAAACAAUGCUGAUGAUAAAUCUGUACUUAUCUGUAUCUAUGAUUUUUUUAUUUUAUAUGUUUGAGGUUUGCAAUUAAAUUGAAACAUUUUUA